CAAACAAACAAUCCCAAGCACAGAGCCAGGGUUAACUCGAAACUAGAAUCCUUAAGCGUUUUAGAUCAGUCAGUGAGCACAAAACUACUUUAGUACUUUACGUUGAGUCAUUUCUUGUACAGCACACAUGUAAUGGAGUCUCCUCAAAAUCUAGUGAUUGAAAUUUUUUAUGGAGGUUCUCAUAAGCAAUUACUCGACGUUUUAUUUGAAGGGCUAAAUAUUGCAUCUAAAUGUGAACUGAUCACACUACCUGAUAAAAAAUGGCACUGGAAAGCUCGCACUGGUGCACUAACGGUGCUAGACAAGAUUCCAUUGGAACACAAUUUCAAGGUUCUAUUCACGAGCAGCGUUUUGAAUUUGGCCGAGCUGUUGGCUUUGAGGCCUGAUUUGAAAAACCUGAAGAAAAUAGUCUAUUUUCACGAAAACCAAUUGAUUUAUCCAGUCAAGACUCAGAAGGAACGAGAUUUUCAGUACGGCUACAACCAAAUUUUGACGUGUUUGGUUGCGGAUAUUAUAAUUUUUAACUCGGAAUUCAACAUGAGCUCUUUCCUUUCAUCUUUAUCGACAUUCAUGAAAAUUCAACCAGGCCCUGGUCGGCCAAAGGGUCUCAGGGAAAAAAUCGAACCGAAAUGCAGUGUAUUGUACUUCCCAAUCAAAGUUGAUUCUUUGAGAAGACCAACAAGUCAAUCAAAGUCGCAAGAAACCCCUCUGCAUAUUCUCUGGCCGCAUAGAUGGGAGCAUGACAAAGACCCUGAGAUGUUUGCUAGGGUGCUGUUGUCGCUCCACAGAUUUGGACUCGACUUCAGAGUUUCCAUGCUUGGCAGAGUUUGCUCUGAUUUUCCUGAAAGCAUCGCACUUGCCAAAGAAGAGCUGAAUGACAAAUUCUGUCACUGGGGAUAUCUUGAGUCUAGAGAUGAAUAUAUUGGUGUGCUAAAUGACGCUGACGUAGUUGUUUCGACCGCUAAACAUGAGUUCUUUGGCGUUGCAAUGAUGGAGGCAGUUAUAUGCGGUUGUUACCCUUUGUGUCCGAAAGCGAUUGUUUAUCCGGAGAUCUACCCUGAGGAAUGCUUGUAUAAAGAUGAGUCUGAAUUAUUGGAGAGAUUAAAAAUGUUUUGUACUAAACCGAUUUUGGCUCGAAAGCAACGAUCUAGUCUGGAAUUCCAUCCUGACAAAUUCAAGGACAGUAAUUUGCUACCUGAGUAUAAAAAGCUUUUCUGUACGUAAAUGGAAUUAAAAUUAAUAUUAUAAAACA